CCCAACCUCACUCACCCCUGUAGCUGAUAGCGAUAGCGAUCGCAGUACGUACAUGCCGUACUGUACAUACCGUAGCCUAGCGUUUGGUAAAUGGAUCAGUGCCGUGGGAGGCUGAAGCAGUGAAAGUUAACGGCUUCGCAGAGGACAGCUUGGCAAGCCCAGCCAGGAUAUUGUCAGAGGCUCAGAGCUGUUGCGCAAGUUUGUAUCUGUUGCGGCAAUCAAAUUGCCUCGACGCUCCUUUUUCUUUUCUCUUUUCUGAGAAAGUUGAGGUUCAAGCACGUGAGCUGAAUCACUGAGUAGGCUUCUGCCUCUUCUUGCCCUCCCUCCUCCUCUUGGCUCCAUGCAUCGACCACAGACGGCUGGCAGCAAUGGAGGCAUCUCCCUUAACGCAACAGGCACGUCCUGAAAUAUUCCAGCCGAAGAUUGUACAAUUGUACCAAGCGCUAUUCAAGGAAGAAAACGACCCCGAUGCCGAGAUCGACAAGCCCGAGGGCUUCUGGCGAGAGUUCUUUCUCUUAAAACCUGACCGAGCGACGCUGCAACAGAUACUCGCAGACUUGAGUCCUGACAACUUGAUCGGGCUGCAUGCGCAAACAAGGCAAUUGUUCUCGAGGGCUGUCGCGUGCCUCAAGAAAGGGGGCGGAAAUGCGAGCUUGCAUGCGCUCGAGACUUUAACCACCUUCUUUUCUGCUGUGCUGCCGAAGAAGUAUACCAAUCCGAGUUCCGAUAUUAUUGGUAUCUUGGCUGGUCUUGAUCAUGUUGAUCUCGUCUUCUCUGAUUUCGUUGCUGCUCUGGACGUCAUUAUACGAAAUGGGACGACGUUGGAUUUACGGCAGAGUGCUGUUGAGGUGGUCCUGGCCAUUACUUCGGGUGCUUACCAGACCAGCCUUUUGACCUACUUCAUUCACCGGGACCUCUUCCCCGCCAUCAUGAAGUUCAUUCAAGACUCGGACACCCCGAAAAGAGUCCUAGAGCCGUUUACAUUGCUGGGCUUGCUCGCCAACUACAACAAGUUCGAGUUUCAGAACCCUUAUCAGUUGCGUCUAAACGACUUCGUCAACGAAGCUGCGAUUCAGAAGAUAAUUCACUGUGUCGGCCAAACUUGCCGUAGUCUGAGAAACCAGUACAUAGACAUCCAGGAAGAUCUUCCUGAGGUUUGGACUUUUGCUUCAACACUGAGCAUGCUGAAGUUGGGCGCUAUUGCUCCGGGAGCCAAAUCUGCCCCCAAGAAACUUACCUAUGAUACCGAGGUGGCCAAGCAAAUGUUUGCAAACCUCCCUGGUGACGAGGCAGCCAUUCUUCUUGGCACGUACGACUUCUCACAUGCUAACAAGCUCUUUUGCUUCAACUUGGUCUCAUUGCCCGCAGAGAAGGGCGACGAGCAACCCAUCGCUAGUCUCGUCUCACUCACAUCAUAUCUCCUGCAGCACGCUUUUCUGUCAAACCGCGCCACCAGCUACGCUCAUCUGAGCUUAAUGGUCUUCAGACUUGUCAUUGAAGACCAGGUGUUGUGCAAGAGGAUAUGCGGCGACGAAAGUAAGGUGGCAGUAAGGUUGUGCCGGCAGCGCCAACCCUACCUACCUAUUGUGCGCAAUGAACGUAUCCUCGCCACAAGCGUCCUUGACACGAUGGUCGACGGUAUCAACCACAACUUGCGGAGGCGGCUGGAUGUGAGUUUGUACAAUCUUUGUACAGGCAUCAUGCUGCGCAUCAUAUCAUAUUUGUCGCGUUCUCGCACGCGGCUACAAUACCAUUGGUCGGAACUUUUCAGGUCAUUGCUCGCUCUGAUCCGCUUUCUGAACACAUAUGCGGCUGACCUCAAAGAUCUUUCACAGAUUGAGACACUUCUGGAUCUCGUGGUGAACCUCUUGGCCUUGUCGUUAUCUUCAGGCGAGGCUUUUCUUCCGACUCCGGCCGCAUAUGACGAUCUUUUCUACAAAACUGUCGAAAGCGGCGAUGUCCUAGUCAAAUUCCGAGAUACGUAUGGACUAGCCAACAGACCCUCGAACUCGAUUGGGACCUUGAUCAAUGUUAGCACGCAUUACAAAUCCAUGCUAGAAUCAGGAGGUUCAAAGAAGAACCUCACGAGUUCUGAGGUUGCAGAGGUGAUCAAGCAAGGUUACGAGACGUUGAGUAUCCAGGCCAAAGAAGGUCUUGACGGCUGGGAAAGAUAUAGAGAAGCAGAUGAAAGGAGUCUACUCAAAAAAAUGGCGCGCGCUACAGUUGGCGACGUGAAGAUUAUGGUUCGGACAUGAAUGUGCCGGAGUUAACGAACGCCAUAGGUGUGCAAAUAAGCGGACAUUUUGGGUAGCCAAUACAAAGAAAAUUUUUUUUUUGUUAUCGAGUCGGCGUAGAUUCCUAUUAGAAGC